AUGGCGUCGCCAAUGCCUUCAGCACCCAUGGGUAACUGGGGAGGUAACGGCCAAGCCAGGCCUCCACCACCCAUCGGCUCAACAGAGAGCGAUGAGAUUGGUGUCCUGGUCAAGACGAUGGGCCUCAAGGUCACCUACGCGUUUGCCGACAGCGGCGAGAGUUUCCUCGCGCGGCACCCCGAGCUACUCACCGUUCGAACAGUACCCAUUGACGAGAAGCUCACCGUCGGUAUGGUCGACCUCAAGAUGUGCGUCCAGGCGGUUGUCAAGUGCAGCCCCGAACUUCUCAGCGACGUCACCCGCGACUUCGCCGUCUACGCCUACGACUACUCGGAGCCCGACGAGCCCUUGGUCGGCCAGGGCUUCCUUGGCUGGAUCGUCAACAACGCGGACGGAAAGCAGAUCAUUGGCCGCGCCACCAGGAAUCCCCUCUCAGUCUUUAGCAACGGCGUCAAGGAAAUUCUGGAGAUCAAGUUGAAGUUGAAGCCCGUGGCCGCCAUGGUGCAACCCCAGUACGAACCCGAACCCCGACCGGACCUUCAACACUCCUACCAGCGCUCCGAGAGCCACAUGAGCGUCGAGAUACAACCCGCGAGACCUGCAGAGGGAGCCCUUACGCCCUCAAGCCAUGCCGAGUGGAACUCGUUUAUGCAGUCGAACCCCCAGAUGGGUAGCCAGCACCACCCGCAAAGGGUUGCGUCGCCACACCAAACACCAAUGCACCCUGACUUCCACCAGCAGCAGCACUUCCAGCGCAGCAAUUCAUUUACAUAUAACGCGCCGCCGCCACAGCAGCAGCAGCAAAUUCAGCCUCAACCGCCUCAGCCUCAUCCGCCGAUGCAAAAUUCUGACGGACCUAAUAGGGUGGCCCCGACCCCUGUUGACACAGCAACCGAGACCCAGGUCAACCCACCAUCAAGGCCAUCAUCCAGGGCCUCAAAUCCAUCAUCGAGGAAGUCGAGAGCUACGGGACGACCGCGUGGUCGCCCUAGGAAGCAGCCGAGGGCUGAGAGUCAAGGCAACACUUCGGGUUAUGAGGAUGGAACCGAUGGUGAUGAAGGCCCGGCCAAGAAGAAGAGGGCCACCAUGACCCAAGUCACGAGCAAUAUCAACGCCCCAUUUGGCGGCGGUCCCGAGUCUCUGCGAGUCACGGCUAGCACGGCUGGCUCGUUGCGAACCUUGCGGCCGAUGGGCAUGCCCGUCGAGGCGCCCAUGGGCUCGCACAUGCAGGAUGUUCCUAGGGCACCGACACCAGUCCCAGAGAGAGGUCCCAUGAUGCCGCAGGCUGGCAAGCCAACUAACGGAAGCAAGCUGCGUCGGCAAUCGACCUUGAGUCAGGCCGCGACGCCUCCCAGCCAGCCACCGUUUUCCGAGCCGCCAUUUGCUCUAUCCCCAAGCCAGCAGGACGGCCGCUCCCCCGACUCAGAAGCCGUGUCUCCCAUGUAUUCUGAGGACAGCCCUGCAGCUAUCGGAUCAUCACCGCCAGUUCCUCGUAACACGAGUUUUGUUCGAUCCAGCCCGCCGGCGUCGAGCCCCAUCCUUCCUCCUAUGCCAAUGCCUCAGCCGGACUCAGGUUUCAUGAGCGGAGGCGUCGAUGACCUUUUCGAUGCCGAGGGGGUCAAGCAACAGCUUCCGAAGCCAGUCGCUAUGCCAUCAGCACGGAGGUCAAACUCUAAUGUCACCAAGGAACGGAGAUCUCGGUCAGGCAUCCCCAUCCAGGUCUUCCAGCUGGCAACGCAGCCUUCCAGCGAAGCGGAUGCAGCCACAAAGAACAACAGGCAGCAGAGUGCAACCCGACCGCCUACCUCAACACCGUUGUUGGAGCCUUCAUUACCUCCUCUCCCGCGUACCGUCAGUGAGUCGAGACUUGCACUGCCUCCGCCUUCGCAGCCUGCGGAAAAAGAGCCUUCGCCACAACAAGAGGAGCUGGUUGUGGCGGUUAAGCCUGACGUCGAAAUGGACAGUCAAAGCGCUCCCAAAGUCGAGGUUCAACAGCCUGAUGACAGUCUGGAGAUGGGACUGGAAAAGCUUGCCAAGGCAGUGCAGAACAUGGCGCCAGAGCCAGUUCUGCCAGAGCCUCAAAUGGCUCCGGACGCCGCCGCAACGUUUGCCCGGCCGUCUGCACCACCCUCGCUUUCACGAUCUACAUCCUCAGGCUUCUCGUUGGCUCUUCCAUCGGUUCCGGCUAGCGACCCUAUCGGUCCCAUCGCGUUGCCAGCUCCUGCUCCCCCAGAUGUCACAUCCUUCUCCGAAGCACCCUGCCCGCCAAGCGACGCCUUGCAGGCCCCAAGGUCACCGCCACAGCCUUCCAGGUCGAACAAGAACUACGUCAAAAAGCAGGCCAUCCGAGAGAAGCUCCUACAGGCGAUUGCGAGUGGACAGACUCCCAUGUACUGCAGCAACUGUGGUGCCAUCGAGACCCCCACAUGGCGGAAGAUCUGGACCCAAGAGCAUGAGGGCGUUCCCGAAUUUACUGAAUUCUCAGACAAACCUGGACGAAUUACCGCUAUCUUGGUCUUGGACCGUGAUGCCGAUGAGAAGCCGACCAAGUAUCAAAUCAUCAAGAAAGCCCUCUCGCCUAAAGAGGACAAGUCCGACUGGAAGGAGCACAUGCUCUGCAACCCAUGCGGUAUCUGGUUGUCCAAGUGGAAGUCGCAUCGACCACAGGAGAAGUGGGAGAAGGACAGCGCUCGUCUUGGUCAACAAAGACGUCCUAGAGGUACCGGUCGUGCUCCACGUCCACCCAGAGCGAAGAAGUCCGGUUCGGCGAAUCCACUCAAUCCGACAUCUGAAGCAUACUUUACAACGGAUCCCAUCGGCCCCGACGACCGAGGAGCUUCGCCUAUGGAUGAGAGCAGAUCGCGCGGUGUUUCUCAAGUCAGCAAUGCCAACGAUGCUUCUCAGCGAUCAAUGUCCCAGUUUUCGGCGUCCCAGCCGCCAGAGUACCACGGCUCGCGGCCGACUUCCCCUGGAAACGUUUCCAACCCUGGCUCUACCCACUCUAGAGGCAGUGGCACAGCGAAGAGCCCCAUCACCAUUGAUAAUGCCGAUGUCCAAGAUAUGGGCGCAACUCGGAGACUUCUGUUCCCUUCGCCACGAAAGGACGGCGUUUCAAAGGCGCUGGGUGAGCUUGCCGUCAAUAUCGUGCAAACAGCGCCCGACUCGACCAGGUCAACCGAAGUCGUACAGAACAAGGAAGUUGUCUUCAAGGAACCGGGCAAGAGCGCCGCGACCUCCAACGAGUCUGGCAUGAACAAAGAGAACCUCGCUGUUCCCGAAGACGAUCUCGAGGAUCUUUUCAGAAGUCCCAUCGUUCGCCCAUCAACACCACCUCCCAGGGAACGGGCUCCUAACAACGGCCCCUUCAAAACACCUACCCGGCCGACGCCGAAUCACCGACCCAUCACUAGAAGUGUCACUAGAAGCGUCUCGCGUUCCUUGAGGUCGAGCGAUCUGCUUCGGUCUCCCGCGGCUGUGCGCCGCACACCGACGCGAACACCCCGAUCGGCUAAGGGCCUACUCCGGAGAAGUCCUCGUUUGCAUCACGAUGAGUUUACUCAGAUGGAGCUUGCAUUGGAGGAAUACCUUCAGACGCAGCCUCUCGAUCAUCAAUACGACUCUGACAUGUUGGAGGCAAUGAACCGAGCUUUGGCCGAGUCCAUGAAUGCCCCUGGUUCGAACUUUGACAUUACCAACAUGGUCCUCGAAUCGAGUUGCCAGCUUGAGUUUGGCGACCUGCUGGGCUCACCAUCCCGGCCGACCCCACGACCGGCUAGGCAGCGAGUGACCGAUUUUGAGGACUGGGACACUUGGGAAAGCGACACGCGUGCGCGUCAGACAGCGGAAGACGCUAGGAGCCAGUAG